UUGACGCCUGCAUGAACAGUGUUGUGUUGGGUUGCAGGGGUGUCGCAGUUUGAUUCAGAACAAUUUCGUAAUUCAUCAGCAUCUCUGAAGAAGGAAGUGCAGCCAUGGCCCAGGGACUUAAGGAAAGAUUCGAAAAGUUUCUCCAUGAAAAGAACCUCAUGACAGAUGUUCUGGCCAAAGUCGAGGCCAGAACCGGAGUGAGCAGGACGUACCUCGCUCUGGCUGUCGCCGGUAUCAUCGCAGUCUACUUGGUGAUCGGUUACGGAGCCUCCCUACUGUGUAACCUCAUCGGCUUUCUGUACCCAGCAUACAUAUCGAUAAAGGCCAUUGAAAGUGCCACCAAAGAGGAUGAUACUAAAUGGCUGACCUACUGGGUGGUGUAUGGACUCUUCAGUGUUGCAGAGUUUUUUGCUGAUAUCUUCCUCUCCUGGUUCCCAUUCUACUAUAUUGGAAAGUGUGCCUUCUUGGUGUGGUGCAUGGCUCCGACUGCCUCCAAUGGAUCAGUCCAGAUUUAUAACCGCAUCAUUCGACCCUUCUUCCUCAAAAACGAGGCCAAGAUUGACGACGCGGUGAAGAACCUCAAGGACAAGGCAUCAGAAGCUGCCGACAAGAUCAAAGAUGAGGCCAAGAGAGCCACAGCAAACAUCAUAUUUGAGGAGAAGAAGAGCUCCUAAAGAAGGAAGCUUCCUGUCCACAGUGUCGCCUCUGGAGCGGACUCUGUUACAGAAGGAAUGUUGCCUUGCUUGUUUUUAAGAGAUUGUGUUCAAAUCGUGUUCAGUACGUAACUGUAAUCUUCACCCUGUAUUAGAUGUUACACAUGUUUAGAUUAAAGCCAUUCUGCAAGUCAGUUUACUUAUUUAACUUUAACUUUGCCUUCUGGGAGGAGGGGUCCCGAUCCGGUUUAAGAAUCAAAUAAAAACCAACUUGCUGAA